AUGAGAACCGUUCGCGCUUUGGCCGUGUCUGGGCGCGGGAGGCAGGGCGGCAAGGCUCGCGCCAAGGCCAAGACGCGCUCGUCGCGGGCCGGGCUGCAGUUCCCGGUGGGGCGCGUGCACCGCCUGCUCCGCAAGGGCAACUACGCCGAGCGGGGCGGGGCCGGCGCGCCGGUGUACCUGGCGGCCGUGCUGGAGUACCUGACGGCCGAGAUCCUGGAGCUGGCGGGCAACGCGGCCCGCGACAACAAGAAGACGCGCAUCAUCCCGCGCCACCUGCAGCUGGCCAUCCGCAACGACGAGGAGCUCAACAAGCUGCUGGGCCGCGUCACCAUCGCGCAGGGCGGCGUCCUGCCCAACAUCCAGGCCGUGCUGCUGCCCAAGAAGACCGAGAGCCACCGCCACAAAGUCCAGAGCAAGCAAUGUCUCACAAGCGGUAAAUCCAGCAAGGGACCUGCGCUUCCGGAGAACGGAGAAAAACAAAGCCACAACUGAAUCAAAGGCUCUUUUCAGAGCUGUUCAGUUUCUGAGAAACUGCUUGGGCUUGGAGACCGCUGAUCCAGCAACGAAUAAGGAUUUAAUUG